ACAGGCACGAGUAGGCCGGGUUGAACUUCUUCUUGGCGAUACCAAAGUCAAGCGUGUCAACAUCCUGUGUGAACUGGAGGUAGACGAAGCCCCUAGAAUCAGCUGCGCUAGCCCGGCAACGUUGAGGACAUGGAUGUAGUCGAAGGGAGCCGGAGCCACCGGGUUGAAAUCCACCAGCUUGAUCGCGUUCUGCACAGGAGGAGGAGGCGGAGGAGGUGGAGGAGGCGCCGGAGCAGCAAGAGGGUGCAGGACGGCAGUAGCGUUGACGACUGUGAGAAAGAGGCAGGAGGUAGGAAGAGAAGUAGCCAAGCAACGUCCCUCGGUCGCUCCUUCAAUUUGACAAGCUGUGCUGUUGACCGACAGAAAAACCUGCGCGCAGAGCAUGGCAGACUGCUGGUCCAGAACCUUGGAGCAAAUGGGCGUGAGCGUCAAGACAGCCUGCCCGUUGCCGUUCAGAAGGUCUUGAUUGCGCACAACAGUCGGGUCAAGCAGGUUUAUGGCAAAGCUGAAGAAGCAAUGUCAGCGACAAAGAAAAGGAAGAAGAGGUCGACACAAGACGGGGUAUUGGGGACAAAAGGUAAAACAUGUGUGGUGUAAAGCAGAUUUAAACUUCAAAAGGAG